AUGUCGAACACAGUUUCACAACAGUCAGAGGAGCAGCAAACAGAGCAUCGGGUCGCUCAGUUAAGUUUCCCAUAACUUUUCCCUCAAUUGCCGAAUCGGAAGCGACCUUUAGCGUUGAGCAGAGCACUGUGCAGAGAAGAGCCGCCCUUUACAUACUGCGGACCUUUAAAACACCCGAGAUAAUGGCUGAGCAAAACAGUGCACGUGCAAAAGGCUUCGUUGACAGCACCGUUCACGUGGACGUCAAGGAUUAUUAUGGCCAGGUGCUGAAGAAAACCUCAGACCUGAAGAGUAACGCCUGUGUGUCUCCAGCCCAGCCCAUCCCUGCCUUCAUCCGUCAGGCUCUGAAGAAAGUGCACCCUGAAGUCACUGCCAGGUACUAUGGCUGUGGUCUGGUGGUGCCAGAGUGUCUGGAGGGCUGCAGGAUACUGGACCUGGGCAGUGGAAGUGGGAGGGACUGCUACAUGCUGAGUCAGCUGGUGGGCGAGAAUGGCCAUGUCACUGGCAUUGACAUGACUGAGGAUCAGCUUGAAGUGGCCAGGAGAUAUGUGGACUACCACAUGAAAGAGUUUGGCUACAAGAAGCCCAAUGUCAAUUUUGUCCAGGGCUACAUCGAGGCCCUAACAGAGACUGGUCUGGAAAAGAGCUCAUUCGAUAUCAUCAUUUCCAACUGUGUGGUGAAUCUCUCUCCAGACAAGAAGCGAGUUCUGGCUGAAGCCUACAGUGUACUCAAGGACGGUGGUGAACUGUACUUCAGUGACGUCUACAGCAGUGGAAGACUAACAGAGGAAAUUAAAAAUCACAAAGUGCUAUGGGGCGAGUGUCUUGGCGGAGCACUCUGGUGGAAGGAUCUGCUGCGACUGGCUGAGGAAGUGGGCUUCAGCACCCCACGGCUGGUUACAGCCAGUGUCAUCACUGUGGACAACAAAGAACUGCAGGACAUUCUGGGUAACUUCAAGUUUGUCUCUGCCACCUACCGCCUGUUUAAGGUCCCUAAAACUAACACCAAGCCCUGUCAGGUCAUAUACAACGGGAGCAUUACUGGAGUAGAUGAUAGCUUCCAGUUUGACUGUCAGUACACAUUCAAGGUCAAUGAAGUGGUGGAGGUGGAUGGAGAGCUGGCGAGCAUCCUGACACAUUCCAGAUUUGCGGAGGACUUCACUUUCCAGCCACCUGGAGGCCCCUGUGGGCCCUGUGGAGUCAAACCUAAGGCAGGCAUUGUAGAUCCUUUCGAGCUGGUCCUUCAGCUGGAGAAGCAAAGUCCAGGUUCAGCCACAGGGGGGUGCUGCAGCACACAGUCUGCUGCCUGCUGCAAGUGAUGGUGGGAAGAACAGAGAAAUGCAGGCCCAGCAUCAUACUGUGUAUGCAUAAUAACAGUAGUUCAGAUGUAGUGAAUAAAUUAUGCCUCAUGCAGUGUCAGUAUGUUGACACUUACUAACAUUUCAUUUCAGUUAACCUGAAUGUUUAACAUUCAUUUAAAUGACUGAGAUUUCAGCUUUUGAAAUGAAUCUUGCUUAGACAUAAAUGUGUGUUAUGGAUGUUCUACGCACACUUCCCACUCAGUCUCUUCUGGGGGAAAAACAGAAAAGACUAAAUUUAAUUUAUUCAUACAAUAAUGAUGCAUAAGUAAAAGACUUUGGCAAUCAAUAUUGGACAGUACAUAAUCCUUUGGUGUAUUUUCUGCACUUUUAAACAUCUGAAUCCUGACUAUUCCACCCUUGUCAAACAAAUAAUACUACUUCUCUUAGAAUACCUCUAAUUUAACUGAUU